AUGUCAAACAAACGUGUUGCAAUUUUGGAGCUGUUUCGACAAGGAAAACGUCAAUGUGAAAUUGUGCGUUUGCUCGGUGUUGGAAAGGACCUAGUGUCUAAAGCAUUUAAACAAUACAAGAAGCUUGGCCACGAUGGCCGCCGUCCAGGAAGUGUCAGAAAGCGGACUGUCAACACGUCUGCUAACCGCAAAAUCAUCAAGAAGAGAGUUCAACGAAAUCCGAGGGUCUCCAUGAGAAAAAUCGCUCAUGAGACCGGCAUAAGCGAUCGGUCAGUCCACCGAAUAGCGAAAGAGGAGCUCAACCUCAAGGCCUACAAGCUCCAGAAAGUUCAGCUUCUCACCGACGACAACAAACGCGUACGACUGCAAAGAUGCUGCCAACUCAAGCGUCCGGCCGCUGCUGAAUGA